AGUCGGAGAGCUUCUGUCCGCCUGGUGCCAGAAGUUGAGCAUCACCGUCACCAUGCCGCGAGGAUUCUUAGUGAAGAGGAACCGUAGAGGCUUGGCGUCAUAUCGACUGAGAAAUAACCACAAACCUGAGACGUGCAAUAAGGACGGACACCACCGCGAGGAGGUUGAAGUGACAACGCCGCAGAACGUCUGGUGUGUCCCGGGGACUGAUGUCCUACUCCCGGUGUCCUGCGAGGCUUCCACGGAGGCGUGGAACCUCAACGCGGAGUCCGCUCUGGAGGCAGAGGCGGACCGGCGGCGCGCGCAAUUACCGUACAACGACAUGGACGUUCUCACUCCCGAGUGUGACUUCUCGUGCUUCUUUCCGCCUCCACCUCUACACGGCUCGCCUUUAAUGGAAGCCUGUAGCCCGGUUAAGCCGGUCGGCGCGAGACUACCGGAGCAGCACGAGGGCGGACGAAGUCAGUCGUUAUUUACCGACACACAGGGGAGCGAAAUACCGUUUCCUGUUUCCAUUGAGAGGCUUUUUGCUAGUAAAGACUCCGCCAUGGCUACCGGAGAGAGACUGAACAGACACAACAAAACUUCGGCGGGAAACUCGUGUAAGAAAUCCAAAACGAACCGGAAGCUUAACUUCGAGGACGAGGUCACGACUUCGCCCGUUUUAGGUCUGCGCAUCAAGAAAGAAAGCCCGGAAGUGAGGAAGCAGCACCGGCACAAGUCCGCCGCUGCGAACGGAAGUCACCCGCUCGGAGAGUUCAUCUGCCAGCUGUGUAAGGAGGAGUACACCGACCCGCUCUCCCUCGCGCAGCACCGGUGCUCGCGCAUCGUGCGCGUGGAGUACCGCUGUCCCGAGUGCGACAAAGUCUUCAGUUGUCCGGCCAACUUGGCCUCGCACCGCCGCUGGCAUAAACCGCGUCCGGUGAACAACCCGGCGGGAGAGAGGAGCGCGAAAGAGUUCAAGGUGGACGGGAAAGAGAACGAGCUGCUGUGUGUCGUGGACGGAAACAGCCUCGCGCAGCCGGAUUCGUCGCCUCCUUUCAACCAGGGGGAGAGCCCACCGCCGGGGCUCCUUAUGCUGAACGCCAACCCGUACGGGGCGUCGCUACCGCCCGCGCCUCCGCCGUUCGUCCAGGCGGUGGCGGAAGAAGAGGCGUACGACUGUCGCUACUGCGGCAAGAAGUUCCGACGGCAAGCUUACCUAAAGAAGCACGUGGCGGCCGCGCACGAGAUGACCGCUCGCGCUCCCUCGCCGUACCAGCAGAGCCGCCAGGUGUGCGCGUGUCACCUGUGCGGCGCGCGCUUCCCGUCGGCCGACAUCCGAGACAAGCACCGUGUAUGGCACGCCAUGACCGGCGAGCUGCUGGGAGGGGGACUCAGGGCGGAUGUGUAUGACGGAAGCCGGGAGCAGCAGAUUCUCACGUGCAAAUAUUGUCCGUCCACGUUCCUGAGUUCGCCAGGGCUCACGAGGCACACCAGCAAGGCUCAUCCCGGGGAAAACCUGCACGUCAUGAUGCACAUGGCGGUGAGGAACUGACAUGCUGCUGCUUACUGUACGUGCCAUCUAAUAUGUUUCUAAUGUUUUGUCCCUCCCCAUCAAAACAACUCUCACUGCACUACAAACUACAAUCACCUGUAUUUUAUUUCCUGUUUUGCAGUACGUAUUGUCACUUUUACUAGUAUUUUACUUUUUACUACUCUCUCAAAAAGAAACAGGCAUGGUAAGCUAUGGUGUACUGUCCAAGGUGCUGAAAAUGCCUCCCAGCAGAGGAAAAGGGAAAAAUACCGUAACUAAAAAAAAAAAGGGUACAUUAUCAUUACCUGCUAUACUUAAAAUUAUUUUGUUGCAUUGGAUAUUUCCAACAACAUACAUUUUAUAUGCAUUCUUAUCUAUUCAUAAGUACUAUGUAUUGUUCUUAAUAAACAAGGCACCUUGUUGUAAAUUAUUUGACAUUCAGCUGUAAAAUGUAGUUGGUUCUCAACCUGAAAACGGAAUCACUUAACAUUGUUUUCUAUAAACAUAUAUAACAAUAAUAAUUAAAUGCUUAUAUGCCUUUUUAAAUAAAUGUGCCAAUUGACUUCAAGGGUAUUUUCAUACAAAAAGGGAACAUUUCAUGUUAACAUCACAAUUAAGAGUAUUUAAAAAGUAGAAAUAAUGCAUUUUUUUGACGCUCAUGUAUUGGUGAUUCAAAAAAGACUUGUAUAUUUUGCUAUGUUCUUAAAGUUCAAUGUGAUAUUUAAUCAUUGUCAAUAAAUGUUAAGA